AAAUAAUUGUGAAAUUGGAAAACUAAUGUCCGAUUAGAUCUAGAUCUCGCGAGCUUUGUGUAUCCACGUGAACUGUUCACUACGAACCUUCGCCAUCACCGGUUAAGAAUGUCGAACUCACUGGUAACUGCGUGCCGAAACAAUAUAUUCGGAAAUCCCUUUUUUACCAAAGCCCAAUGUGAAAGUAAUGUCAACCCAACAAGAACAAUUUCUGCUGCUGCAGGGGAAGACUACAGCUGUGAGUUCGGAUCUUCCAAGUACUAUCUCCUAUGUGGGUUUGGUGGCUUGCUCAGUUGUGGCAUCACCCACACAGCUGUCGUACCUCUUGACAUGGUGAAAUGCCGAAUUCAGGUUAACCCUGCCAAGUAUGGAGGUAUUGUUAAAGGAUUCAAAGUCACCAUUGCUGAGGAAGGAGGAAGGGCUCUGGCUAAAGGUUGGGCACCAACAUUCUUUGGCUACUCAAUGCAGGGAAUCUGCAAAUUUGGAUUUUAUGAGGCCUUCAAGAUUUUGUAUACUGAUUUACUUGGAGAGGAAAAUGCCUACCUGUGGCGUACCAGCGUGUAUCUGGCUGCUAGUGCAUCAGCUGAAUUUUUUGCUGAUAUUGCUCUUUGCCCCAUGGAGGCAGUGAAAGUUCGUAUUCAAACUCAGCCUGGAUGGAGCACAACCCUCAGAGAAGGCUUCCCUAGAAUCAUGAAGGAUGAGGGUGUUUCUGGAUUCUACAAAGGUCUUGUGCCACUGUGGGCUCGUCAAAUUCCUUACACCAUGAUGAAGUUUGCUUGCUUUGAACGCACUGUGGAAGCUCUGUACAAGUUUGUGGUUCCCAAACCCAGGGCAGAAUGUACCAAGGGUGAACAGCUGGUUGUCACAUUUGCUGCUGGCUACAUUGCCGGUGUGUUCUGUGCUAUUGUAUCACACCCUGCGGAUACUAUUGUGUCCAAGCUGAACCAGGCAAAGGGCAGCAACUUUGUUGAUGUUGCCAAAUCUCUAGGACUUCUUGGUAUGUGGAAGGGACUCUUCCCCAGGAUUAUUAUGAUUGGUACACUCACAGCAUUGCAGUGGUUCAUCUACGACUCAGUUAAGGUGUACUUCCGUCUGCCACGCCCACCACCACCUGAAAUGCCAGAAUCACUGAAACGCAAACUGGGUUUGAAUUAAUGACAGUACAAUUCCUAGAGACAUUAUCACUCAAAUUUUUACUUAGUUCCCAGAUAAGAACAAGGGAGAAAAGGUGAUUGUAUAUUUGCAGUUGCUGUAGUCAUACCAAAAACAGUUGUUAGUGUUUCAAAGUAGUAUGAUGUUGAUUUGUUACAUAAGUGCUGUUAAAGAUUUGUUGUACAAAAGUAUUAGAUGUUCUUGACUGAUACUUUUAUAUAUGUAAUGUCUUGACAAUGCACUUAAGUAUUAAUAGGAUAUUCUGCAAACUUGUGUAACAUUUAAUUUAUAUUUAGUGUUUUUAUUAGUCUUUUAUUUAAUUGGAUUCUAUUUAAAAGAUUUUUGUGAACUGUCCUGUAGCCAAGCGUAUGUCAAAAGUUUUUUUGAUGAGUACACAGCUUAGUUGUAUGGGUGGGAGUUGGUUAUGUGUAAAUGGCUUUAUUUUGGAUAUCAGUUGACUCAUUGCUGUAUAUUUGUUUAUACAGUUGACACAUUUUUAAACUGAAAUUUGAAGCCAGACUAAAUGACAGAAUAAAAAUUGUUUAUAUUA